AUGGAACCCCUAUCGUUUGAGUCACUCUCGCAUGAGCUAUCGCGGAUGCAGGUCCAAUUGCUCCAAAGACUCAAGGCACCAGUAAUGGUAAGCAAAGAGGCGAUUCAGCUUAUACGUGCAAGUGCGUCCGCAAUAGAACCUGUGACAAAAAAGAAGUCCCUCAUAACGUUGUUUUUACGAAGUUGUGCUUCAAUUUUCAAACACGUACCGCCGUCUAUGGCGCUACCAGCCCUUGAAGCGCUUGAUAUAGCGCACAGCGUCGCAAAGUCCUAUGUCAUGAACAGUUUUGGGGAUGUUAAUGAGUCUGCCUCCGUGUUGCGAUCUAUUAUUGAUUUAGAAAAAUGUGAACAUGAAUUGAACCGCGAUUAUAUCUCUGCUAAAGCAACAAGUCAAUCGACCACGCACUAUAGUGAAUUGCUGCGCCCGGCGUACCAAACUGCAAUGGAUAGGUGGCACCAAGACCACAGAGGGGCCUACACGGUGACGGUUAUCUCACUCAUCUAUGCCACGAGUCUGAUAUUUGCCAGAGGCUACAACUUCCCUUGUGCCAAUACGGACAUGAUUGGCCUUCUGCCAGUGAAAAAUAAAAUUGACAUGGAGGCUAAAUUGCAGCGAUGUAGAGGUGCACGCGAACUUUUGAUACACUUACGAGACAAGAAGUUCAAUUCCAUCGAUGCCGCGAUGUCUCUGAACACACUGGCGGAAGUUGGCUUUUACGAUGAGGAAGUAUGCAAUAAAAGUCUUGACGUACUCCAUGCCUCGCAAACCCUGGUUUCGAGCUCGCAGCUAUGUGAGGUGAUUUACAGUCUUGGGGUUCUUCAGCAUCGUCAUAUCCACCUGAGGUCCCUUUCGGACCGCAUGGACGCCUCAAAAUGCAGUGCAAACGGAGUCCUGCGGCAUAUCCAAGGCCUGGCCAUGCUGCAGCACCCACCCUCGAGUCCGCGUUCGCUGCUCGAUGGAGUUUUUCUACAUGCUUUCCGAUCACAGCCAGGACGGCACCAACACAGUAGGCAUGCUGCUCCGAAUACCCAGUCGGGCAGUGAACAACAGGAUGGUGGGUCGUACAAACUGUCACCCUUGUGGUAUGUCAAUGUAGCCCACGCCUUGGCGUGUUUAAACAUUAAACACCACAAAUUCAUGCUCAUGACGGCGCGUCAAACCCGUAGCAACGUGGGUUGGCUAUCAACGAAAGAGCGCUGUAAGCUCUUGUAUGGCAUAGGUGGAGUUCCCGUCGAAGAUGUUCCGAAUGAGCUUCGGGGCUCGUGGACCUCAAAGGUGGUUCCCACACUCAAUAAAACAUUUGAUAAACUGAAAGAAAUUGAGCCAGAGGAGGGUAUGCAGGUAAUGCGUGCGCUUCGGUAUUGCGGUGUUGUUAAUCAUCCGCGCAUUCCCGUAGUCGAAAAGAUCAUGGAAAAUGAAAAUCCUGCAGAGGUUAUCAUCAAGACCUGGUCGUCGUUGUCGAAGGAGCGCAUUCUAGACCUCACUGAGCGCGUAGAUCCACAUCAACUAGGUGACUCACCAUCGUCUACAGUGGCCAGCAUCACACAUGCUGUGGCGUGCGCAUGCAGAUCUGCCGGGGUAAAUGAAGAGUAUCGUCUAGGACCGUUGUGCAAUGCUUUGAAUAUCCAUGGUACAAAUAUGGAAACCAAUGAACUUAUAGUCACCAUAAAGGCUUUGCAUCAGAUUGGACUCUCUGGUCAGCCUAAAAACACACUUUACAACUUGCUUGAAUGUCUGCAAGAUCGCCAGGAUGAGCUGAACGAGACGCAAUUAAAGCAGUAUCAAGUCCUCAUCGAAAGUCUCAGGUCAUCGGAGCAUGGAAAAUGA